GCGGCCCCACCGGGCCGGCCCCGCCCGCGCCCGGGGGCUCGGCGGCCUGGCGGGCGGAGCGGCCGGCGCGGGCCCGGGGCCGGGAUCCUCCUCCCGCUCCCUACGCGCCGCUCCGACGUCAGGCGCGGGAGCGGGAGGCAGCGCCCAGCGCCGCCGUUGCCAGAGACUCGGCGGCUGCCGGACGGGGCGGACGUCGGGGCGGCGACUCCCGGCGCGGCCCGUCUGCCGGCAGGGGGGUGGAGAGGAGGGUGCUAUGGCCGACGUGUUCCCGGGCUCCGAGCCCGGCGCGGCCCCGGACGCGGCGCGGCGCUUCGCUCGCAAGGGGGCCCUGAGGCAGAAGAACGUGCACGAGGUGAAGGAGCACAAAUUCAUCGCGCGCUUCUUCAAGCAGCCCACCUUCUGCAGCCACUGCACCGACUUCAUCUGGGGAUUUGGGAAACAAGGAUUUCAGUGCCAAGUUUGCUGUUUUGUGGUUCAUAAGAGAUGCCAUGAAUUCGUUACCUUCUCAUGUCCUGGGGCUGACAAGGGACCUGACACUGAUGACCCCAGAAGCAAGCACAAGUUUAAGAUCCACACGUAUGGCAGCCCAACGUUUUGCGACCACUGCGGGUCUCUGCUGUACGGGCUCAUACACCAAGGGAUGAAAUGUGACACUUGUGAUAUGAAUGUUCAUAAGCAAUGCGUAAUAAAUGUCCCAAGCCUCUGUGGGAUGGAUCACACAGAGAAAAGAGGAAGGAUUUAUCUGAAAGCUGAAGUCACUGGGGACAAACUGGAAGUAACAGUGCGAGAAGCAAAAAACCUAAUUCCCAUGGAUCCAAAUGGACUUUCAGAUCCUUAUGUUAAACUGAAACUCAUCCCAGAUCCUAAGAAUGAAAGUAAACAAAAAACAAAAACCAUCCGUUCUACUCUGAAUCCACACUGGAAUGAGUCAUUUACAUUUAAAUUAAAACCUACAGACAAAGAUCGACGGUUAUCUGUAGAGGUCUGGGACUGGGACCGAACAACCAGAAAUGAUUUCAUGGGAUCUCUGUCAUUUGGGGUGUCAGAGCUUAUGAAAAUGCCAGCCAGUGGAUGGUAUAAACUGCUGAAUCAAGAGGAAGGCGAAUAUUACAACGUUCCGAUUCCAGACGCUGAUGAAGAUGGAAAUGCAGAGCUCAGACAGAAGUUUGAGAAAGCCAAACUGGGGCCGGCCGGUAACAAAGUCAUUACUCCAACAGAAGACAGGGUGUCAAGCGUGCCGUCCAACAACCUGGACAGGGUGAAGCUGACAGAUUUCAACUUCCUCAUGGUCCUCGGGAAGGGGAGCUUUGGAAAAGUGAUGCUGGCAGACAGGAAGGGGACGGAGGAGCUCUAUGCAGUCAAAAUACUGAAAAAAGACGUGGUGAUCCAGGAUGACGAUGUUGAAUGUACAAUGGUUGAAAAACGAGUCCUAGCGCUGCAGGAUAAGCCACCUUUUCUAACACAGCUUCACUCUUGUUUCCAAACAGUUGACCGCCUGUAUUUUGUUAUGGAGUAUGUGAAUGGUGGUGAUCUCAUGUAUCACAUUCAGCAAGUAGGAAAAUUUAAGGAGCCACAAGCAGUGUUCUAUGCAGCUGAGAUCUCCGUUGGGCUAUUCUUUCUCCAUAAUAGAGGGAUUAUUUAUAGAGAUCUGAAAUUAGACAAUGUGAUGUUGGAUUCAGAAGGACACAUUAAAAUUGCUGAUUUUGGAAUGUGCAAAGAACAUAUGUUGGAUGGAGUAACAACCAGGACCUUCUGCGGCACUCCAGACUACAUUGCGCCAGAGAUUAUUGCUUACCAGCCCUAUGGGAAGUCGGUGGAUUGGUGGGCGUACGGAGUGCUGCUCUAUGAGAUGUUAGCUGGUCAGCCUCCAUUUGAUGGAGAAGACGAAGAUGAACUUUUCCAGUCCAUAAUGGAGCAUAAUGUUUCCUAUCCAAAAUCGCUGUCCAAAGAAGCUGUCUCUAUCUGCAAGGGGCUAAUGACUAAACAUCCUGCAAAACGCCUUGGCUGCGGCCUUGAAGGUGAAAGAGACAUCAGGGAACAUGCUUUCUUCAGGAGAAUUGACUGGGAGAAGCUGGAAAACAGAGAGAUUCAGCCACCUUUCAAGCCUAAAGUGUGUGGCAAAGGUGCUGAGAACUUCGAUAAAUUCUUCACGCGAGGACAGCCAGUGUUAACCCCUCCGGAUCAGCUGGUCAUCGCUAACAUAGACCAAACGGAUUUCGAAGGAUUCUCUUAUGUCAACCCCCAGUUUGUACACCCCCUUUUACAAAAUGUAGCAUGAAACAGCAACAUAGGAACAAAUUGCACAAUGGGGAACGGUCCUUAACCCUAGAAUUUUUAGGCCUUUGCCUUGUUGAUUCCGUUUGGGCCUGAAAAUUGUGGGGUUAGGAAGCCUAAGAUGGGGGAAAGGCCACUAAUUCAGGAUUUCGGCUUUGCAACUGAGAUGUUGUGUUAACGGGAGAUAAAGUAGUAUACAGUGCCCAGUUAUUCUGCUAGAAGUCACCACUGACUCGUCUAAAGUUUACCCUUUUUUGGUACGUUAUGUAUUUUUGUAACUUCCACUAUCCUUUUACUCCCUUUUCCACUCUACUAUGUUAGAAAUAAUAUAACAUUGAUCUAAAAAAAAAACCCCACCACCUUGAAUAUUUAGUCCUUAAACACGGAUGCCGUGAGAUAGGAGCGCGGGGCCCGGAGGGAGCGCUGCUCCUCCCGGUCUUCCCGGGGACUUCGAGAGAGCAAGAGCACAAGCGACCGCAGCGGAGGCGUCACUGGUGAGGAGAGGGCAUUGCGAAAAAGCGCUGGAAGUAGCUGCUUAAAAAUACGACAGGAACAAGCCCGUGGGUGGAGGUGGCGGUGAGGGGGAAAAAAAUCAAGGUAGCCCCUGAGGCAACACCUAAUCCUGUAAGCAACACCAAAUUUAAACUAACUUCAGCAGUGGCCAGAUCACUAGGAUCUUUGCUAAGUAGCACAUGAUAAACUCAAGGGUGAAAUUUUGUCUUUAAUAAUAAUAAUAGUAAUAAUUAUAAUAAUAUUUUUGUGAAUUUUAAUCUCCAUGAGAUUAUUCUGUGAUCCAGGGUGCCAUUGUUUGUUCAGUUAAUUUAAUUUACACCACUCCUCAAGUUUACUGUUAACCAGUUCUACUAAUACCAAUAUUUUACUAUGAAAUUUGUUAACCUGGAAUGUAAAACAAAACUGUAAACUCUUAAAUCUUAUUUACAUGGUUUUAUUUAUAGGCUGCAAAUAUAGGGCAGCAAACAAAAGAAGGCAUUAUAUAUAGCAAAUUAACAAAAAAUGCAGCCCCAAGUGACUUCCUGAUUUCUCCAGAAUAACUCAUGAAAAUCAGGUGAGAAUUAGUCCUAAAAUAAUCAAUUUUAAUUUAGAACACUUGGGGCUGUUGAAUAAUGAAGCCUGAAAGAAGAAGCACCUAACAGUUGUUUUACUGAUAGAAGGGAAUUUAAUACAUUUUACAUAUGCUUCAUGCAAUGAAUUUUGCAUGUUUAGUAAUAACUCUUAAUAAUAAGGGUUAAUAAUAAGCAGAUCUAUAUUAUUGACAUAAUCGUAUCAAGCAUAAAGAGUAUUAUAAAAAUUUUAUAAAACAAAUUGUGCUUUAUUUGUGAAAGUUCUUGUUCUGAAUGAUAUUAUUAUUUAGUUUAGCUAAAUGUUUUAUUGCUAUUGUUUUGGUUUUUAUUUUAGUUUUUGGAUAUUGUUAAUGGCUUAUGGUAUAAUCUGGUUUUUUUAACUGUAGAUCUACUUUUAAACAAUAAUUGCUACCUGCAGGUUUUAUACAAGUUUCAAUUAGGCUAUCAUUUCACAUCUGCUUAUUGCUUACAGAGAAGGAAAUAGACUUUAUUUGCAAUGACGAACCCUGUAAUCAACGCAGUCUUCUCCUCUCCUAUCACUUUUAAAAAGUUUGAUACUUCCUCUUACAACUUACCAGAAGAUACUAAUUCAAAUACCAGUAAAUAUUUUUGUGCAUAUUUUGGUUUUGUUACAGCAUGUAAAAUAGUAGUCAGUGCAUUUUCCUUUUCUUUCCCUUCUGCCUUGUUAAUGUUAGCGGCCACGGGCACUUCUUGUCUGUCCAAUGUGCAUGGCAAUGCCAGAAGCAUGACGUCUCUGUUGCUGCAUGCAGACUGAUUGCAGUCUUUCCAGCAUGUAAACAUAUUCCAAGUAAGAUAUUUGCCAUAAAAGACUUAAAUUUGUACUAGAAUCUGUAACCAGGGGGGAGGGGCUACUUUCUAAACACCUUUUGUUAUAAUAAAACAUCGAACCUGUGCCAAAGAUUCUGUUAGGAAGGUCCCAUCCUGCGAAGUCGCGGUCACGCGAGCGGUGCUGGCUCACGGGAGCGACCGCCGUGGCCGCGGGGGGACUGCCUUUGGGUGCUCACGGCGGCCGUGCAGCGCUUUCGCACCUGCAGCGCCCUCAGAAGCCAUAUUUUUGGUGCAUAGGACCUGUGAUUUGCAACACUCCAGAGGUUUGACUUUCACCCAGCGAUAGUCCUGUUGCAGCCACGGCUCUGCGUCAGGAGCAUCUCCGUGGGUCAGAGUGAUCCGAUUUUAGUGCAGGUUCGUAGGAAUAAAACAGACCGUUCUAGGGCAUGAGAAAAACACAAUUGCUUAUAAGGCGUGUUUACCAACAAGCAAGUACUCAUAUUGUUGCCUAAAUAAACAACUCAAAAUUUUUUAAAAAAUUUUAGGGGUAAAAUUUUUAAAAAGUCUGUGUCAAAUAUCAGCCAAGUCUGGGAGUUACUUUUCUUGUUUGUAUAUUAUAUACCUUUAAAGUUGUGGGUAUUCACCAUAAAGCAUGUGGACGUGUACAGCAUUUCAUGACUUUUUACCUUUUUCUAAAUAUUACUAGCCUGCCAUAGUUUAGGAAUAUCAGGGUAUCAUACUAUAGGAUAUAAUAGAUUCUACAGAUUACUUAGGCUCAGAUUUUUAAUAAAUAAGGGGCUCUCAAGUUAGUAAGUAAAUCUUAAAGGCAUUAUAUGUGUUUUAAGAAUGUGAAGUGGAGACUUUUGAAAAGGAAAAUGCAGGGAGAAACAGCAGAGCACGAGUUUCAGAAGUAAGUCUGGGGUAGAGCUAAACCAAUCCUGAAGGAAGCAGGAGAGAAAGCGGGCAGGUGGCACGAGCCCUUCUGGUUCUGAUGAUGAGAUAGGAAUUGUAAAGCAAAGUCCAGUUCUAGGUGGUUGGUGUUGACGCACCUGGAACAGGCUGUACUGUUCAUACUGGCGCGUAACGUUAAAGAGCUGGUCUGACGUCUGAACAGAGCUGCUCGUUCUGUGGCUACUUCUCACAAUUAGCUCUUCGGCACUUGUGUUUGUUCUGCGGGUUUUCUAAGGUCGAGGCAGGAAUCGCUCUUUAAUAUUGUUACCUCAAAUUCCUGUGCUUGGGACAUCUCAUGUCUUCUUCUGUAGGUGUGUGUAAGGCUUACUAAAAGGUACUGUGAACUCAUUGAUCCUGCAAGAACAAGACAAGAUUGCAUAAAGCAGGUCAAAUGGGAGUGAAUAUUUGCGUUACUCUUUGCCUAACGCACUAGCUUGCAUGUGACCGCUGCCACUUGGACCAGCCCUUUAAAGAGAAUUCAGAAGUGCACUGGUGGUUUGUUUAUCGCGCAGAAAUGUAUAGUAGCAAGUAAAUCCUUAAGUAUCCAGCAAGCAUGUUCGUAAUUUUGUAAUACAGAAGUUACCUAUAUAAGAUUUUUCACAGAUCUGGCUUUCUAGAGAACAUUUCUUAACAGAGAAGGAGGCAUUGGAACUGCUUUUCUUUCAGUUAUGUUCAAUAGCAACAGUAAUCCUAACACCCACAGUUUUACAAAGAUUGCUAAAAGUAAAAUUGAAAAUUAUUUUGCACUGAAGCUGGGAUGAAAGUUUAGGGAACUGUGUUGUACCAUCCCACAUACGCUCAAGUCUGAAGUGCUUUUGGCUCAUGAGUGCACUCCCUUCCCUUCCAAAGCAGAACCAAGCACCUGGCACCUCUGCAGCUAUCGGGAUGCAGAGAUGAUGCUCAAAAAUUUUAGGUGUCAGUGCAUUUGUACUAACUGACUUGGGGGGAAACAAACACUCAAGAGGACUUAAACAGUUUGCUAAAAGUUUAGAUUUAGGAUUUGAAUUGUUUAGAAAAAGUUUUGUAUUCAUAUAGCUAACCUAAGAUCUUGUGGAAUUAAACAGUGUUCUGGUUUCCCUCAAAUUUUAAAAACAACCCCCCCAAACCCUUCUCAAUACUGCUUUUCUUUUAAGCUACUUGCUGUGUUGUUUUUAAGAUACAAGUGAUGUGUCAUUUCAUGAUUUGUUAGAAACUCCUCUCACUUUGUAGAGAGAAAGCUCUUCUGUUUCCCAGGCUGAAAUAAAAGGACAGCUGCGUUACAAAGUGAGCUGUGCAAUCCAUAAUUUCUUUCCUUUCUUUUAAUGGAGUGGGUCUGUUUCCUGCAAAGGACACAUAUAAGGACAGUUAAAAGGACACUUACAACUUCCCCACCGUUUUCAUGGAUUAAAUGAGACUUAACUGGUUCCUAGGCACAAUGAUUCAUUAUCAGGGCACAAUUUUGGGAGCGUUUAUCCCCGCUCGGGUCGCCACAGCGGGCCGUGGGAGCUGGGAAGCGAGCAGGGGUUACAGUGCAGCCCGUUACCUGCUGCCUAGUCUCGUUGCUCUAAACGAGGAUUGCACGUGCAUGAGGAGCAGAGAGUACAUUCCUAUAACAAAAUACUCCAACUUAACCCAAUUUGGAGGAGAAAUGCAAUUUUGCUUUCUGGUCCUUCAUACUUUACUGAAGUAUAAUUGAAUUUUCUUUUGCAAUCUCAAAGUUGUUCUGGAAAUCAGCUGUUAGUUUAAAAGAAACUCAUCGUGUAUAAAAGUUGCCUUUGCAAUCUGUCCUGUCUUUCAGGGUGAAUUCAACUGCAUAACGCUGAGCUCUUGUAAAAUUAACAAGGGCAAGCAAGAGAGGAACUUGUUUUCUCGCAGCAAAAAUAGCGUGUCCAAGGUGCAGGAUUGAACUACACCGCUUGCAAUAUGUAUUUUCUCAUUCAGUGCAUCCAGGUGUAAUCCCAGUUAAAUGUAGGAGAUGCACACAGUGAGCAGAGGAAGAAGAUCCUCCUUAUUAAACAAAAUCAUUGGAAAAACGAAUAGUAAGUCUUUGAUAUUAGUAGAAGGAAUACUUACAGUGUUGCGUUUACAGUAGGCUUUCUGAGCUGCCACAGAACUCCUGGAAACAUUUAAUGUGAUUUUGAGUUCUUUUAGUCAUUAGCAUAAAUUAUUGUCCGUAGGUUUUGUUUCUUUAUAAGUCUGAGUGUCAGCUGUAGGAAAUGUGUUAUCUGUGUGCUGUUCCAUAGGCAGACACUGAGCUACAAAGUAGUAAAAGAAGUAUAAAAGCUAAAGCACUUUUUUCCUCAGCGCCAUACUCUUAGAUGUGAUCUGAAAUAGUUAAAUGAAGGGUUAAAUAAGAACUGACUCCAUAAACAUGUAUGAUUUCAUACCAACCAAUAACUGUGCCAGUAAUGAUCGGUAAUUAAAUAGCCUUAUAAUGAAUAAUAAGCAUGCACUAAAGCCCUCCUGUGCAUAGGAAAACCCUGCGAGAGAGGGAGGGUUGCUCCAGCGCUCGGAGCACAGGCCUGGGAGCGGACAGUGCGGGCUCGGAUCCCAGACUUGCCACUGACGCCCUCAGUGGCCCUGGGCAAGUUACUUAAUCUCUCUGCCUCAGUUACCUCAUCUGUAAAAUGGGGAUAAUAAUACUUACUUACCUACUUACCUCACAAGGAGGUGUGAGGACUUCUUAGUUAAUGUUUCUAAUGCACUUUUAACCUGAAAAGUGUUGUGUAAGUAUUAUUAUAAUUUUUAAUAUUAAAUCAGCUUAUUCAACUCACAUGGUGUUACUGGAUAUACCAUGGUAUUUCUACUUUUUUAUAUAACUUUAGUAAUUCUACUGAAACCAUUUAAACCAUUCUUACAGAAUCUGGAGUACAGCUUAGCUUUUGAUAACUGGAGCCAGGUCGCAGUGUGAAGUGGUGCUUGCUGAUUGUGUAGAGGUCAGAUGCUCUUACCUCUUUUCCAAUUACUGAGAUUUCUAUGUGCAAUUAAGGAACUCCAUGUAAAUGGAAGUCUUAGCAGAAUUGAUUCUUGUAGGGUGUGAUUCCCUAUAGCUAAACAAAGUCAAUACAGCUGUUUUUUAGUAAUGUUUAUACUGACUUCUUUUAAAGGACAAGUGAUAUUCUUUAUGCAGCUGGUCCAUCCAUGACAAUUUUAUUCAGUGGAUAGUUUUCUCUUAUUCCUGUGUCAUUUAUCUUCAUCUUUUCUUUUGCUUAUGUGUGACACCGUAAUUCAAGUGUAACAGAAAAUCACCAUAGAAGCUAUGUUUUUUUCUUCUGUUGAUGUUGGUUGACCAAAAAAAUCAACAGACUAUUAAUAAUUUUAAACAGUGAAGUGCAGGAAGAGUAAUAAUAAUAAAAACCGAGAAUUGGCCCUAACCUGCUUCCAUUGCAGUUACAGUACUGGAUCGCCAGCUGGUUUUAACAGGGAAGCCUCGCUGACUUGCUGGUAGUAAGUCGAGCUGUCAGAGAGCAGCACCGUGCUGCAGCUACCAAACAUGGGCCCUUCUGCUGCUGGCUGCGGUCCGCAUCCGCGCAGGCUGGGGAUGGGAGCCGUCUGCAGACCCUGUUUCCAAUGGAAGCAGAUCUGGCCAAGCAUCUGUUCCUUCCUGCAGGAUAUAUUGGAAAAUCUGCAGCGAAUGUUACGUUCUUUUUAUAGUCAUACAUAGGUGAAAGAAACAUUUUAAUAAAAAGUAAAAUUAGGGUUGAUCUUUAUCAACCUCUUCCUAAGAACUGGUUGAAUCAGUGCACCAGUUACUCAGAGGCAAUAUUACUUACUUCAGUUAGGUGAUGGCUCAGUCCUUCCAGAGGCGGGAGCGCUCUGGUCUUGGCCUUUGAAGGAAUUCAGUGGAACCGCUGAACGCUUCGGGCUCGUAUGUGCUUGACUGCUUCACUGAACCAAGCCUGGGGGUGCCGGCGUCUGGCAGCACUAAGCCUAUAAGCCCCAGUGCAGCAAAAUACUAAGUAUGUGCCUGAGUCCAUUCCCGUUUAGCAAAGCAUGUAAGUUUGUCUUACCUUUAAGCAGCACCACCUCAAAUCCCACAGAGGUCAAGGGAACUUGCUGACUUGGGGCAGAAACACACACUCUUGCCAUGAUGGUACAGACUGAAUCUGUGGAUUAUUCCCCACAAAGCAUUUCAUUUAGUCUUUCAAGUACUAUUAAUGCAAGAAAAAUAAUUUUAACAAAAUGAAGUACUCUGUUGCCUCUCUUAAAAAGUUUUAGUGCAAUUCCCAAAAUGUGAUUUUGCAAGAUAAUACAGAAUACACCUGAAACAUUUAAAAUUGUUGUAUGUUAUGUUAGUUUUAUCUUUUCUCAAACAAGGAGUAAUACCACCUUGAACUCGUUCAUACUUUUGAAUAUGAUUUUAAGACUUCAGUUUUGUAUUUAUGAAGAGGAGAACAUUAUUUUCUUAUCAUUUAUCUGCAAGAUGCUACCAGAAAAUGUGGAAAGGCCAUUCACUUUUCAAAAAACCAUUGGAAAUACAGCGGGCAAGACUGAUGUAUAAAUUACUGCAUUGGUUUUUUUCUUAAUUCUCAAUAUCUUCAAUCUCUGUUUGCAUGAAAUGCUUUUGUUAAAUAUUAAUUGUAGUUUCCAAGCAAGUGUGUAUGAAUAAAAACACUGAUCAUUA